AUGCAAAAGCUAAACUUUUUCUCGACUCUUCUCGAAGGUACUCCGUUCGAACUGCCGGUUGCACGCUCCGCAGUCUCGUGAUUGCAUCAUAUAAGUGGCCGAAUCACGGCAGAUUCUCUCAAUUUUUCUAACUGCUGCAUGAUGCAAUUUUCUCUCCUUUUCCAGCUUUUCGUCUCGAAUUCAAUGUUCAAAUGUAAUUAUUUCAGGCAGAAUGCUUUCCGCACGAUCAUUCUUGUCUUCCGCUCGUACUAUCGCCAGAUCUACCUUCUUGAACGCCAGAAGUUUGUCUGACAAGCCGAAGGGACCUAUUAUUGGAAUCGAUCUUGGAACCACGAACUCCUGCGUCAGUAUCAUGGAGGGAAAGACUGCAAAGGUUAUUGAGAAUGCCGAAGGAGUCAGAACUACCCCAUCCACUGUCGCCUUCACCGCCGACGGUGAGCGUCUUGUAGGAGCUCCAGCCAAGAGACAGGCCGUCACUAACUCUUCCAACACCCUUUUCGCUACCAAGAGAUUGAUCGGCAGAAGAUUCGAAGACCCAGAAGUGCAGAAAGAUCUGUAAGUUCAAGUUUUGUUUGUUCAUCCUAUGUUUUCGUUUUAGUAAAGUCGUGCCGUACAAGAUUGUCAAGGCCAGCAACGGAGACGCUUGGGUUGAGGCUCAAGGAAAGGUCUACUCUCCAUCUCAAGUAAGUUAAAUAUUCCUUUGACGUCAUGAUGCAGUAUUUCACCUCGAUGAUGCAAAAGCGUUUGUUUUUAGGUUGGAGCGUUCGUUCUCAUGAAAAUGAAGGAGACUGCCGAGAGCUAUUUGGGAAAAACUGUGAACAAUGCCGUUGUCACUGUUCCAGCCUAUUUCAAUGACUCCCAGCGUCAGGCCACCAAGGAUGCUGGACAAAUUGCUGGAUUGAACGUUUUUCGUGUCAUCAACGAGCCAACUGCCGCUGCUCUUGCCUACGGACUCGACAAGGAGACUGGAGACAAGAUGUGAGCGUUUUGUCUUGAAUGAAUUUUAAAAAAUAUUUUUGUUUGCAGUAUCGCUGUUUACGAUCUUGGAGGAGGAACCUUCGAUGUUUCCAUUCUCGAAAUUCAGAAGGGAGUGUUCGAGGUCAAGUCCACCAAUGGAGACACUUUCCUCGGAGGAGAGGAUUUCGAUCACGCCCUUGUUCACCACCUUGUCGCUGAGUUCAAGAAGGAACAAGGAGUCGAUCUCACCAAGGACCCACAAGCCAUGCAGAGACUUCGUGAAGCCGCCGAGAAGGCCAAGUGCGAGCUCUCGUCAACCACCCAAACUGACAUCAACUUGCCAUACAUCACAAUGGAUCAAUCCGGACCAAAGCAUCUCAACCUGAAACUCACCAGAGCCAAGUUCGAGCAGAUUGUUGGAGACCUCAUCAAGAGAACCAUUGAGCCAUGCCGAAAGGCUCUCCAUGAUGCCGAAGUCAAGCCUUCUCAAAUCUCUGAUGUCCUUCUCGUCGGAGGAAUGAGCAGAAUGCCGAAAGUUCAGUCCACUGUCCAGGAGAUCUUCGGAAAAGUUCCGUCGAAGGCCGUCAACCCCGAUGAGGCUGUUGCCAUGGGAGCUGCUAUUCAGGGAGCUGUUCUGGCUGGAGAUGUCACGGAUUUGCUUCUUCUUGAUGUGACUCCACUCUCCAUUGGUAUUGAGACUCUCGGAGGAAUCAUGACCAAGUUGAUCACCAGAAACACCACCAUCCCAACCAAGAAGUCGCAAGUAUUCUCGACUGCUGCCGAUGGACAGACUCAAGUGCAAAUCAAGGUUUAUCAAGGAGAGCGCGAGAUGGCCGCCAGCAACAAGCUUCUCGGUCAGUUUUCUCUUGUCGGAAUCCCACCAGCACCACGUGGAGUUCCACAAGUCGAGGUCACUUUCGAUAUCGAUGCCAACGGAAUCGUCAACGUCUCCGCCAGAGAUCGUGGAACCGGAAAAGAACAACAGAGUAAGAAUACAUUCUGAAAUGUCUCCUUAUUUGAAUUUUCUUUCCAGUUGUCAUCCAAUCUUCUGGAGGACUUUCUAAGGACCAGAUUGAGAACAUGAUCAAAGAGGCUGAGAAGAACGCUGCUGAGGAUGCCAAGAAGAAAGAGCUCAUCGAGGUCAUCAACCAGGCUGAGGGAAUUAUUCAUGAUACAGAGGCCAAGAUGACCGAGUUCGCUGAUCAACUCCCGAAGGACGAGUGCGAGGCUCUCAGAACAAAGAUUGCCGACACCAAGAAGAUCCUUGACAACAAGGAGAACGAGACUCCAGAAGCCAUUAAGGAGGCCUGCAACUCCCUUCAACAACAGUCACUCAAGCUCUUCGAGGCUGCUUACAAGAACAUGGCUGCUAAGAACUCUGGUGGUGAUGCUCAGGAGGCAAAGACUGCUGAGGAGCCGAAGAAAGAACAGAACUGA